CUCUUAGGAAUUCGAAAGAAGUGUAUAAGCGUGUUUGGUAGUACCAGAACGUUUGUAGUAUCUUGAAUUUCGGACUCCGGAAACUCCGAGAAAGUCCGAUCUUCUCCGUGGCGUCGGUGGCCAAAUCCAAAUCGUGAAUCAUACAAUAUUGACAUAUCUUACUAUAGGAGUAUUGUUGCAAGUCUUCUUUUUAGAUUGACUGCCCCAGAAAUUGAGAAAGUGAACAAAACUAGGCUGUCCUCGAGACCUAUUGCUUAAAAGUGUAAGAGAUACGUAUUGAAGGAUUAAUCUGUAACUCCGCACUUUGUUGAACUCGUCAAAGCUGAAACUUCGUAUUCAGAUUGUUGAGCAUUUGAGAAUACUUCAGUUCCAUUGCCAUUGUUGAAUUGAAAUUCAAACAAAGAUAGUCCAAUUCGUGACAAUCAAUUAAUUCAACUCCUAUACCUUGAAGAGUCAUCGAAAGUUUGAUUUUGAUAUUGGUUAAUUUCAAUAAAAAAAAGAUUGAACCAAUUUUCGAUAUCCGUUGCCACUGUCGAGGUUGCCAAUUGAAAUUUAAUCUAAUCUUCUGAUCUUCCAGCUGAAAAACAUCUUACUUCUCGUUAUGUCUUUGUCUAGACACUCGCUCCCGGUUGUUAUAGUCCGUACAGCCUUGAUUACUCCGUUUUUCAUUUUUGGUGUUCUUUCCAUUGUAUUCACUCAGUUUGUUGGUGCGGUGAUUUUCAAAUCCAGCCCUGCAAACAGACAGCUGGUAAUGAACUUGACAAAAAACCAUUUCAUCUUGCUUAUUGGUUCGAUAGCUCGGUUAGUAUGUCCUUGUGAAAUCAGUGUUACUUACGAUAAAGAGACCUUGCCUGAGAGCGACUCGUUCAGGGUCGAUUCUGGCAGACACUUGAUAUCACUGUUGACGCCUAACUCUGUUAUCAUUUCCAAUCAUCAGAUCUACACCGAUUGGUUGUUCUUAUGGUUUCUCUCAUAUACAGCUCGUUUUUCGUACUAUAUCCACAUUAUCCUAAAGGACAUGUCCAAUAUUCCAGUGUUGGGCUUCGGAAUGACAAACUACAACUUCUUGUUCUUGUCCAGAAAGUGGGAAAAAGACAAAAUCCAACUUUCUAAUCAAUUGGCUGUUCUUGAUGCCAAUUCUCGUGGAAUGGGGCCAGCUAACGGUGUCCAACUCGUUGCUACUUCUGCUACAGAAGGCGGAAUUGUAAAAUGGCCAAAAGGUAGAAGGGAAAAUCAGAUUUUCCCUUACCAGCUCAUCUUGUUCCCUGAAGGUACUGUCCCUUCUGUAAGGACCAGAGGCAAAUCAGCAGAAUACAUUAAGUUCAAAGAUUUACCUCCUUUGAAACAUGUAUUGUUGCCCCGUGUAAGAGGGUUGUACUUGCUGUUGAGAGAAUUAAGAAAUUCAAUCGAAGUUGUCUACGACAUAACUACAGGCUACUCUGGUUUGGUUGCUGGUGAAAUUGGUGAAGAGUCCUUUUCUUUGAAGAGACACUUCCUCAAGGGAUACGGACCUUCGCGAAUCAAUUUCCAUAUUCGUGGCUUUAAGAUCUCAGAAAUCCCGCUUGGCGAUAGCAAUAUCGACAUCGACGAUGUUCCUGAGGAAGAAUUGCAAAAGUUCGAAGACUGGCUACUUAAAGUGUGGUACGAGAAGGAUGCGUUGAUGGACGGAUUUUUCAAACACGGACGAUUUGUCGACCCUAAAGAUCCAGAAAACAAGGAGUUCUUUAAGAACUCUGUCGUAGCGGAUUUGAAGCUCAGAAAUCCACUUGAAGUCUUUGUUCCCUUCACCACCGUCAUCGCUGCAUUAUUGUUGCUUAGGUUGCUCUACUUCUUUAUUAGAAGUGCCCUUGGCUAUUAG